UCGUUUGUAGAAGAUCACAAGGGAUGUGUAUGCUGGAUGAUACAUUGCAAGUACUUAAUCAAGAAGAAACUCUGACCUUACAUUAUUAGUGGGGACACAAGAAAAAAUGAUGGACCCACAAUCACAUAAAAGAUGCAGGCUCAUGUUUGCUUCUUUAUCUGCCCAAGAACACUCCAAAUUUGGAAGACGCCAAUCCUAAUUCUGAUAAAGUAAAAUGACCAUGGUUGCAUCAAAGAAUCAUGCAAUCUAGGAAGAUUAGGAAGCUUAUUGUGAGCGGGAGUGCGUGGGUGGGGUCUACCAUAUACCAGGACAAAGAUUCCAAAGACAUGUAAGCCGCAAAAGCAAAGCCCCAAUGACUUGGAAGUCAAUUCCGUACUGUUCUGUUGUUUUUAAUCAUUAGAAAAGAAAAACCAACGCAUUAAUCUCAAAACCCAGCAUUCCAAUUUCCCAAUUGCCUCUUACAACUCAACACUUGACAGAAACAUAUAGAUAGUUGAAUUAAUCAAAUCAAAAAAAUUGUAACAUUCUCUGUUCAAAAAGGACAGACAGAGAGAUGAUCAGCUUCAGCAGAGCAGCAGCAGAAGGUGACUUGUCUCUGCCAGUGGGGUUCAGAUUUCGUCCCACAGAUGAAGAGCUGGUGAACUACUAUUUGAAGAAUAAGGUGCAGGGCACGGAUUUACAUGCCGAAGGCAUCAUUGAUGAAAUUGAUAUCCUCAAGUUCGAGCCAUGGGAUUUAGUUGAAUUGGUUUUCCAACUUAAUUAUAUGCAGAGGGACUUAGUUCUCUGUCACUGUCACUUGAAGAAAAAUGUGAAAAAAUCAGAUGAGAUUCAUACUGAUGUUGCAACAACCUGUGAUGAAGGUGAGCCUAGUACUCACAAUGCAUCUGAUUUCGAACAUCCACCAGCACAUGAUAUUCUAGAGGAAGAUACUCAACAACCAGAAAAUCUGGACUACUUUGAGCGGAAAAAGGAUCUUUUGAUUGCAAGUUCCUGUAGCAAUAAUGAUCACAAUGCGACAUUUGCAGAUAAUGACUUGGAGCCUGAAUUGGAAGAGUCCUUAAGAACGCUCAACACAAAACCAUUCCAUGCAGGGGAGCUGAGUUUAGAAAAGCUUUAUGAACUACAACGUGAUUCGAGCCAGUCCAUACAAGAUACAGAUAUUAUGCUUCAUAACCAGUUAUCCAGACAGGCUGCUUCCUCUGUCAAUUUAGCACCCAAACCUCAGACUGAUCGAGUUCAAUUUCAGUCUGGUACAUAUCAAAGAGAACACAGACCACAACAGCAAUCAGGUCCCAUCAUUGUCUUUAGGGAUACUUCCGCCGACGAAUAUUAUACAAGGGAAAAAACACGCAGAAUAACAUAUCCACCAGAAAAGCCCAAAGAACCUGAAAAACCUAAACCUGAGCCAGAAAAGCCCAAAGAACCUGAAGAACGUAGAACUUCUGUUGAUUUGCCCCAGAAGCAGAUCUCUAUAACAAAGUCUAGCAUAGACAAGAAGGUGCCUCAAGGCAGUAUGGAGCAGACAGAGAAUAGAACAACCCCCGGCAAUUGGAAGCGUUCCUUCAUUACCUGGCAAACAUCCCCAUUGAAAAGUCCCCCAUCAGUCUACAUUUUCAACACGGUUCUAGGCACAAUUUUGUUCUUGUUUUGUGUCCGGGAAGUAGUUUUAUAUGGGAAGUGGAGCUAAACUCACUCACCAGAAAAUAGUUAAUUCUUGUUCUCUAUAUUCUGUAACACAUUGAGUAAUGCCAAUCUUACUGGGUACUUAUUGUUUGGUAUAAAAAUAUGCGCUAAUCUCAGCCAUGGCGAUGGCUUUGCAGUGAUGAAAUGUUCA